AUGUUUUACAAACCGGAAGAAAUUGAGGCUGUCAAUGUACCAAAUAUACAGAAUCUGUUACAUUUAGAUCCCUGGUUAGAACCUUUCAAAUAUGAGAUCAAACGCAGAUAUAAAUGCUUUUUAGACCAUAUGAAGUGGAUAAAUGAUGUUUCUGGUUUGGAAGAAUUUACUCAGGGUUACAAGGAAUUCGGGGUUCAUGUACGUAAUGACGGAUCAAUAUACUGCAAAGAAUGGGCUCCUGGGGCGAAAGAAUUGUAUUUGAGAGGAGAUUUUAAUGAUUGGCAGGAAUUUACUCAUCCUUUCAAAAAUGUGGGUUUUGGGAAAUGGGAGUUAACAAUACCAUCUGCUAAUAGUUCACCUGUGAUAAAACAUCUUUCGAAAAUCAAGCUUUUGGUGGUCGCUCAAGAUGGCCGCCGACUGGAUAGAUUGAGUCCAUGGGCUCCGUAUGUUAAAUGCUUUGAAGGGAAUAUCAUUUAUGACCAAUUAUUGUACAAUCCUUCUGAGAGAUACCAACUUAAAUAUCCACAUCCUCCACGGCCUAAAAGCCUUCGGAUUUACGAGUGUCACAUUGGCAUUUCGUCAUCUGAACCGGUUGUCGCAUCUUAUACUCAUUUCAAGGACAAUAUCCUGCCUCGAAUUAAAGAUCUAGGUUAUAACGCGAUUCAGAUAAUGGCGCUAAUGGAACAUGCUUAUUAUGCUUCGUUCGGAUACCAGGUGACUAGCUUCUUUGCUGCCUCAAGUCGCUUUGGAACUCCAGAGGAGCUACGCGCCAUGGUUGAUGAAGCACACCGACUGGGCAUUGUAGUUCUCCUAGAUGUUGUUCAUAGUCAUGCCUCUAAGAAUACAAAUGAUGGCCUCAACCAGUUUGAUGGCACAAAUGCUUGUUACUUCCAUGAUCUAGGCCGUGGAACUCAUGAAUUAUGGGAUUCUCGUCUAUUCAAUUAUACAGAGUUAGAAGUACUACGCUUCCUUAUGUCAAAUUUACGUUGGUGGAUUGAAGAGUACGGUUUUGAUGGUUUCCGUUUUGAUGGGGUUAUGUCUAUGCUGUAUCAUCAUCAUGGUUUGAUGACCAACUUUUCCGGUCAUUAUGGGGAAUAUUUUGGUCUAUCCGUAGACACAGAAUCAUUUACUUAUUUAAUGUUAGCUAACCAUUUUCUACACGAAAAGUAUCCAUUUAUUAUUACGAUUGCAGAAGAGGUUAGCGGCAUGCCUACUCUGUGUCGUCCAGUUUCCGAAGGUGGCGGUGGAUUCGACUAUCGAUUAGCUAUGGCUAUUCCCGAUAAAUGGAUUGAGCUUCUAAAGAAAUAUAAAGAUGAAGAUUGGAACAUGGGUAAUCUCGUCCAUACAUUGACUAAUCGACGUUAUGGUGAACCGAAUAUCGCAUACGCGGAAUGCCAUGAUCAAGCUUUGGUUGGUGAUAAGACAUUAUCCUUUUGGCUUAUGGACAAAGAAAUGUACUUCAGUAUGAGCACUUUAAGCCCUCCAAAUUUAAUUAUCGACCGUGGUAUUGCAUUACACAAGUUAAUACGUUUUAUAACACACACCUUAGGUGGCGAAGGUUAUCUCAACUUUAUGGGUAAUGAAUUUGGUCAUCCUGAAUGGUUGGAUUUCCCAAGAGCUGGGAAUAAUAGUUCGUAUCACUAUGCUCGCCGUCAGUGGAACUUGGUGGAUGAUCCAUUGUUGCGUUAUAAAUAUCUAAACAACUUCGAUAGAGCUAUGCAACAUUUAGAGGAGAAAUAUGGUUGGCUUGCAGCUCCACAGGCCUAUGUUAGUAGAAAAAAUGAAGGCGAUAAAGUUAUUGCGUUUGAACGUGCUGGAGUUUUGUUUGCCUUUAACUUUCAUCCUACUCAAAGUUUUACGGAUUACAAAAUUGGAGUCGAUACACCUGGACAGUACCAUAUUGUUUUGGAUUCCGACCAAGAGGAAUUUGGUGGCUUUAAACGAAUCGACCAAUCUGUUGAUGUAUUCACCCGCAACGAACCGUGGGAUAAUCGUCGAAAUUGUGUUUUUUUAUAUCUGCCAAGUCGUACUUGUAUGGCUUUAGCACUGCAAUAA